AUGCAGUUCACACUUCUCAUCACCGCCCUCAUGGGCACGCUCGCAACAUCCCUCCCAACUCCCAGCAACGACCUCACCAUCCGUCAAGACACCUACGAGCCUAAAUCCCCCAAUCUGGGCGCCUACCUCUACAAGUCCCCCAAUCUCACCGGCUCUCGGGUCCCCGAAGACAAGACCCCGAUAACCGGGACGUCCUACUGCGUGAACCUGGACCAACUGUACGGUAGCUGGGACCGCGCGACCCGGUCCCUCGUCGUGUAUCCCGGAUUCAAGUGCUACUUCUACACGGAGCAGGGGUGUGAGCAGGGCAGGAAGUUUUGGCUGGGCAAGAAGGCGGAUUAUGGGGUUAAGAAGACGUUGAUCAAGGACUUUGAUGGCAAGAUUCGGAGUGUCGUGUGUAGGCCGCUGUAG